AUGGCCGAUGAAGACGUUGCUGCCUUGGUUGUGGAUAAUGGCUCAGGUAUGUGCAAGGCCGGUUUCGCCGGAGACGAUGCUCCUCGUGCAGUGUUUCCUUCCAUCGUUGGCCGUCCAAGGCAUCAGGGUGUGAUGGUUGGUAUGGGUCAGAAAGACUCGUACGUCGGCGACGAAGCUCAGAGCAAGAGAGGUAUUCUGACCCUCAAAUAUCCCAUCGAACACGGCAUUGUAACAAACUGGGAUGACAUGGAAAAGGUAAAUAUUCUUCAACGUUGGAAAUAUCAAGUUGAGCGGUCGACUCACGAUGAAUUUUCCUUAUUUUAGAUCUGGCAUCACACCUUCUAUAACGAGCUGCGUGUAGCUCCCGAGGAACACCCAGUUCUGCUAACAGAAGCUCCUCUCAACCCAAAAGCCAACAGAGAAAAAAUGACACAGGUAAAAACACGUUUUUAGUUCGUACUCUUGAACAGUGACAUUUCUUUUCCGAGCUCCUGCUGAGUUUUUGGACAAGAGGGAGGGGCCGCCUGGGCCGGGUUUACUAUUCGAUCGUAAGACAUGAAGGAGUCGAAAACUUGCCAGUUUAGUCUUAGGUAUAAGCUUAUCGACAUAGCCGGUUAAAAAGGGCGAUUUUUGUAUCUAUCUAUGAACGUUCGUCAAAAAGCUGAUUUAUCGUGGAUUGAACUUUUGCUGUUUUAAUUUAGCUUGAAAAUAGGUAAAGUUUAAGGUUGUUCCUUGUUGUUCGUUUAACUUUAAAAUGUCGAAUUUUCUCGGCGGAGCCCCACCUCAGCAGUAAAAUUUCCAUUGAUAAAAUUUCAAAUAAUUCCACCCUUAAAUUCUGGAAACGACGCUGGACUUCAAGGGGUCGCCUUCUAACUAUAUUGUAUUUCGAUGCACUUACAACAAAUUUGCAUUUGUAUAUAUUUUGUCUAUUGAAGUGGAAAUGCGUUGACUUGCAACAGCUCAUAACAUUUAAAAACAACCAGUCGCACAUCGGUUGAAAAUGCUGAGUUCGGUUUAAAAUGGAAAAUUGGCUCCCUGAAAAUUGUAAAUUUAUUGAUGUUUAAGAAAUCGUUUUCUCCAAGAAAUUUUUUUUUAGCAGGAAGCUAGUGCCCGAUCACAUCUGACUGGUUUCAUGCCCAUAUUUGGUAACGAAACGCUGUGAUUGGUCAGAGUUGUCCGAACAAGUUUUUCUAAUUAAUAUGCAGGUUUGACUGAUGCUUUGUGAAUUAUGUCAAUAGCUUUCGCACCGCAUUUCAGAUCAAAGGAAGUCAAAGUCUACAAUUUUAUAAAAUUUUAACACGUGUUCUUUUGUGUGAAUAAUUUCAAUUAUUCUGGAACCCAGCCUCUUUUACUUGGCACAGUUGUAACUUGACGUUAUUUGCAGUCGAUCCUUUCUUUUAAAAAAGUUAUUAAAAGAAAAAACCUCAUUAUUAAAACUAUCAAACUUUUGUUAUGUUUGUUGACCUUUUGCAGUCAAUAUUUGCAUCUGAAAAGGCUAAACUUGGAUCAAUUACUGAAUAUAUUGUUUUAUUUUUGUCUUGCUAAAAAUCUUGAUAUGGGCUCUUUCGUUUUCUAAACUAAAAAUGUACAGCGAAGAAAGUGGAAUAAUUCCUAAUUACUCGAGUCACUUGUAACGAAUGAACUUUUUCUUUUUCCAACAGAUCAUGUUCGAGACCUUCAAUUCACCAGCCAUGUACGUCGCAAUCCAGGCAGUGCUGUCUCUGUACGCUUCUGGUCGAACAACUGGCAUCGUCUUUGACAGCGGUGAUGGUCACUCAGUGUGUCAAGGGUAGAUGCUCCCAAUGCGAGAAGGGGUACGAUAGGAAGCAGAGCUGAACCGGCCGUCUCUGAACUGGCUGAUAGAGUACUUCUAAGACUGGCUCGCUGGCUACUCCUUCACCACCACUGCAGAGCGUGA